ACAAUGUCCAAUUUUACCUGCAUCAAUUGUAGUGUAAAAUUCGCUUCGGCGGAUAUACAGAGAGAGCAUUACAAAACAGAUUGGCAUCGCUACAAUCUCAAGCGCCGAGUUGCUGAACUGCCACCAGUCACGGCAGAGGAUUUCCAAUCGCGUGUCUUGCAAAUGCGCAAUGCCGAGGCCACUGCCAACGAGGAACGCCAAAUGAGCUUGUACUGCAAUGCCUGCAGGAAGCAGUUUGGCAAUCAGAAGGCCCAUGACAACCAUUUGAACAGCAAGAAACACAAGGAAAAUUUGGUGAAAUUUGAACGGGAAUGUGGCAGCGAAGUCAAGGAGGUAACCACCAAAUCUUUAAUACAGCAAAGGCCACAUCCGGCUAUUGCUGCAGCAGCUGAAGGAAAAGGAAAGUUUGCUUUGAAGCAGGCUGCACAAGUGGUGGAGUAUGGUGAUGACGACGACGACGAUGAUGAUGAAUACGAAGAUAUUGAAGAGGAAGAGGUUGAUUCGGAUGAGUUGGAUGAGAUUGCCGAGAGUCCGUUAAAGGAAAAUGACUGCAUAUUCUGUGAACAUAAAGCAGAGGAUUUGGUUGAUAAUUUAAAACACAUGUCCGUCGCACAUUCCUUCUUUAUACCCGACGUUGAGUAUUGUACUGAUGUGGAGGGUUUGAUACACUAUUUGGGUGAAAAGGUAGCCGUCUUCUUCAUAUGCCUGUUGUGCAAUGAUAGAGGCAAGACCUUCUAUUCGUUGGAUGCCGUCAGAAAGCACAUGAUUGACAAGGGACACUGUCAAAUGCUACAUGAAGGUUUGGCCUUGGCUGAAUAUGCAGAUUACUACGACUACAGUUCCAGUUAUCCAGAUCAUGAAGAAGGCAUGGAUGUUGAUGAAGAAGUUGUUCCAGAACUAUUGGAUGGUGAUGAAUAUCAACUUGUUUUGCCCUCAGGUGCCACUAUUGGCCAUCGUUCGUUGCUGCGUUACUACAAACAACGUUUGAAUCCAAAUCGUGCAUUGGUUCCAAAGAAAUCAAGUAAAUUACACCAUGUCCUAAGCACUUAUCGAUCAUUGGGCUGGACGAAAACCGAACAGAAAUUGGCUGCUCGUAAAGCUCACGAUAUUCACUUGAUGAAGAGAGUCCAUGCUAAAUGGCAAAUGAAGCUUGGUGUACGCGCAAAUAAACUGCAAAAGCAUUAUCGUGCUCAAGUUAUGUUCUAAGU